CGAUACGUGAGCUUCGCGAGCGAGACCGAUUUCAAGGCUCGCGCGCGCUUCCGAAUCCGACACGGCGAUCCGGCGGGUCGAAAGGAAAAUUUCCGUGACGCGAGGAAAAGAGAUCGCUGCCCGGCUACGCAAUAUCGAAAAUCCGCUAACAGACAUACAGAGAGAAAGAAGAAGAGAAACCGAUAAAAUCGGUCCGAUCUACAUCUUCGUUCGUGAUCGAGUUCGCAAAUGAAAUAAAAGACCGGAUAAGCGAAAACACAAAAAGAGAGAUAGAGAGAGAGAGAGAGAGACAAAGAGAGUCCGCGCUCUUCACGUGACGCACACUUAUCAAGAGUUUUUCGUGUUGGCGAAGUUUAUCGCGGAAAGAAAAUUUAAUUAUCAGAGCCAGUCAGCUUCGAACGUUUUUUUUCAAUCUGAAAGUCCGACGAAGAGACUGUUUGUUGCGCGGCGCGCGCUCCAUCGGCAAGGUCCGCGAAGUUCAAUGACAAAUUACCGCGAUAGCCGUAUCGCGAUCGAAAAAAUCUGAUUUGAAACGAGUGACUUGUCUCCAGAGCGCGUGUAUUUGUGAGGCAAUAAAAAAAAAAAAAAAAAAAAAAAAGAAAAAUACGUCUUCAUCUCGACCCGUUGAAAGCUUAAAUGAUAUGAACCGAGUGAUGAGAAACUCGACGCGAAGGAUCGAUCGUCCGACUGGCGUAGGAUUGAAUUAUCACGACGGGUGAUCGUGCAUGUAGAUACAUAAAGUGAGGCGUGCGUUAUUAGUGAAAGUCACCCGCGCGCGCGCCCGUUUGAGGAUCCAAGAUUGGCGGCUUGUACGUAUGUACGUCGUACCCGCGCGAAAGAAUCUCGCGCAAAGUGGCAAAGAAGGUCAGAAGGAAAGGAGAAGCGAUCUUCACCUGGCGCCCGGAGAAAGGGAGAAAUAAUUGGGUAAAAAUUGCGCACCGAGACGAGCGACGCAGUUCGAAUUUCAACAUUUAACGUUGCAAAGAACUUCCCGAGCGGGCGUCUCGUGACGGAGACGCUUUAAAAAGUAUUCUCUUUCUCGAGAAUCGAGAAAAGUUGUGCGUCAUUGUGUUCUCUCUCCCUCUUUCCCUCCCCCCUCCCCACCCCUCGGAUUGUUCCCCGCGAAACCACUUCGAGAGCGAACAUUAGAGCGGAAAGAAGUCCAACUGUUUGAAGUGGCUUGAGAAAGAAGAAAAGCGAUAUCCUGUGAUAUGUACGAGGCGCUCCAACCUCUUCGACGUAAAUUGCUUCAACCGAAGCGAGAAAAACGCGGAUUUCGAAGUUUUCUCAUUCGCGCUCGAACUCUUUAUUCAAGUUCGCGCGCGACUCAAUGAACGCGCUACACGCGUUUUACAGACUCGCGGGAAACGACGAUAUUACUCUUCAAGAAGCUGAUUUAACGUUCAAGUUAAACAACAAUUUGUUUUUUUUUUUUUUUUUUAAUCACUCACCGACCGCGACCGGUGUGUGUGUGUGUGUGUGUCAAAGUAAUUAAAAGUAAGUAAAAGUUUUACAACGCGACUCCGUAAAAAAAAACAAACAAAAACAAACCACUUAAAACGCUUUUAGCACUUGACGUUGAAAUUUGCCGAAAGUGCGCGCGCGUUUGUUUUUGGCCGCGUAUCCAUUUCGUAAUCUCUCGCAAAAGUCGUGAGAAAUCAAGAGAGUGCCACUUGCGCAAAAUCAAAUAAACAAAAAUCAGAGAAAAGUGAAGGAAAGAGAAACUGAUCAAAAAUUCGCUGAAGAAUCUCUUCAGUUGUGCAAUCUCCGAUUUUCGACAAUCCCGAAGUUGAGGCAUUCUGCAGCUCGAGAGCAGCAUUCGCUCGCGAGCAAUUUUUCUCUCAAGAUCAAAGGAAUACACAAAAUACUGCUCUCGGCGCGCGACGAGACUUUUACAUGUAAGAAGAGAGCGGCGACGUGGAGAAAGAUCCCGGCGAGAGAGGAUACUCGACACGAUAAAUCGCGCACAAAAGGAAGAAUAGCGUUUUUCGAACCGCGCUCGUGUUUUGUCGGAAGCAAAUAAAAGGAACGGUCGCGUCGAUUCACUACGGGUAUUCAGAUUUUCGGACUGACGACGUUUUUUUUUUUUUUUCAAACCGACGGUGUAUUAGAAUGACAAUAGGUCUGGCGACCUUCGUUACCUUCUCCUCCUUCUCCUCCUCCUUCUCCGUCGAACAAACUCCGCGCUUUUGAAAAGCCCGUACCCCGUAUUACAUAUUCCUCAAUUAUCGACGCGCUCUCUCGUAAUUCGCACGAAGUGCGAAGAAGAGGAUAAGGAGACCGGAGGAUGCGAGAUUUCGCAGUCGCGACGACGAAGCCGACCGGCAGCGACUCAUCAUCAGGUGCUGCGAAUCACGACAGAAGGACGACGCUCGCAGGACGGCGGGAGACGUCGAUUCUCGUCAUCGGUGCCUGACAACUAGAGCGCAAGGGAGAUUUCUUUCACUUCUUCCCGCGUCCGGCGAGCGAACGAGCGAUUAUCGGACCGGAAACUGCACGAGAAGAGAGAAAAUAUACGAUUCGUGCCGUUUCUCGCUUCGCACGAAAGAGUUCUUCGUGACGAAAGCGAAACGUUGAUCGAGCGUGACGGGGAAUUAUCCGUGAAAAAAAAAAAAAAAAAAGAAAAAAAAGAAAAAGAUCAGAACAAUAAUGCCAGUCAGCGGGACUGUCGUGCCGCCUCGUUGAUAAAAGUUCGCCGGUGAUAAACGCGCGCGCGGAGGGAGAGGAGAAGAUACGUCGCGAACUCUCUGUCAUUGAUCAUCCUCAACGACAACAAGCCGACAACAUAUCCUUCCUGGAAAUGACGUGCGUCGCGCAUCAACUUGUUCUCGUCGUCGGGCUCUCGUCGCUGAUCGAAUCCCUGCUGGCGUACAACGUUCUGAUGGCCACUAUGGGCGGCACCAAGUCGCACACGGUGCCCUUCGUCGCUCUCGGAACGAGUCUUAGAUCGCGCGGUCACAAUGUCACGCUGCUGAGCGCUUUUCCCGGACCCGCGGCGAACAAUGGUCUUCACGAAUUGGUGCCGUCGAUUCUCGAGGCUUACGUCGAGAACUUCACGUCCGAAUGGGAUCUCGUGGGCGCCCGGUUCCGUAACGAGCUUCCGAUUUCACCGUGGGACGCCAUGAGAUACGCCUGGGAGGCGUGCGACGCGCUCCUGCGCGACACGCCGUCGGUCGUCGGUCUGAGAAAACCGGAUGGGGAUCCGCACGCCCGAUGGGACGUCGCGGUGAUCGACGGCGCUUAUCCCGAGUGCCUGUUGGGAAUUCUCCACGGGGAAAACGUGCCGACGAUAAUGCUGAACACGGUGGCGUUGUACAGCGGAUCCAUUGUGCGACAAGGUAAUCCAUCACCGUGGACGGUCACACCGUAUUUCGGCGUGACGUUUACGCAAGACAUGAAUUUCUUCCAGAGAGUGACAAACGUGGCUUGUAUGCUCACGCUAAAAAUUAUGCAUUGGUUUACAAUUCAAAUUCGUCUCCAAUCGACUCUUCAGCGAUAUCUCGGUUACAUACCCGAUCUCUACAAUCUGACGGCGGAAGUACCGCUGACUUUGCAGAACAACCACCACAGCGUAGGCGAUUCCGUGCCUUAUUUGUCGAACGUCGUAAACGUGGCGUGCCUCCAUUGCAGACCGGCGAUGCAAUUAAGUUCCGAGUUAGAGUCCUUUCUGCGACACGGAUUCGUGUUCGUUUCGAUGGGAUCGUCGGUGAGAGCUUCCGGAAUGCCAGAGGCGCUGCGGCAGAUCUUCGUCGCAGUCUUUUCCACGCUACCGUACAACGUAAUCUGGAAGUGGGAGGGUGGCAAGAUCAAAGAUCUACCGGCGAACGUGAGGACGGCUGCCUGGUGGCCGCAGCAGGAGUUGCUCGGGCAUUCCAAGUUACGAGCUUUUGUUUCCCACGGAGGGCUGUUAUCCCUGCACGAAGCGGCUUAUCACGGCGUCCCGACUCUGGUUCUGCCGGUUUUCUGCGAUCACGAUGGAAACGCGGCGCAAGCCGACAAGUUGGGCUACGCUUUGGUAAUGGAUUUGGCUGACAUAACCAUUAGCAAACUUCGCGAAGGUAUACUUCAAGUUGCCGCGAUUCACAACAACACUUACAGAGAAGCGGCUCGAAAGAGAAGAUCGUUAUUGCGCGAUCUCCCAAUCGGUCCUAAUGAAUUGGCCACGUGGUGGGUGGAACACGUUGCCAAGCACAAAGGGGCCGAUCACUUGAAAAGUUCAAUGAGAUACAUAAGUGCGAUUCAUUAUUACGGCGUGGACGUAGCGAUGUUCUACGCUGCGAGUAUGAUAUCGAUCGUUUACGCGCUCAAGAAAUUUUGCUGGCGAGUGAUGAUCGGCCAACACGUCCUCAAGAAGAAAGUAGACUGAUCGAUAAUUUUGUUUGUUUCUCACACGUUAUUAGUUUUUAUUUAUUUUAUCACGUAGAAUACAGGCACUUAGCGUUAAGUGCGUUUAAAACGGGAUACAAAAUGGGGAUUGUAGAAGUUAGGAGAGAGAGAGAGAGAGAGAGAGAGAGAGAGAGAGAGAGAAAGAGA